AUGAAACUGCACUACACUAAAAUAUUAUUAAUUUGCCUUCCAUUAAAUAUAUUGGUGUUAUCAUCAUAUGUGCAUAAUAAAAAUAAACCAUCCAUCACAUCACAUCAUACACCAAGAUAUACAUCACGAGUGUUAAGCGAAUGUGACACAGAAUCGUCAAUUUAUGAUAGUGAUGAGGAAAUCAAUUCAGUGAAGGAAAUUUUCGAAAGACAAACCUCACAAAGAUUACGAGAAUAUGACGAAAGGUUGCAAGAAAAACGACAAAAACGUAAAGAACAGCGUGACAAAAAUAUACAAAAAAUUAUUCAAAAAGAUAAAAUGGAGAAAAACUUGGCAGAAAAAAUAGAAAAAGGUUGUCUUAUGUGUGGGUGUGGGCUAGGAAGUGUUGCAGGAAGUGUUGGAUUAUUUGGUGGGAUUGCUAUAAAUAUCUGGAAAAAUGUGGCACUUGAUGUUGGUAUUAAAGAAGCUAUAAAAGCAGCUGCUGCUGAGAUUUCGGCUUCCGCUAAUGCUGCGGGUGCGGCGGAAAUAAUGAAAUUAAUAAAAUCAAAAUUUGUUGUAUCAACUCUAGGUAAUAAGACAUUGAAAUCCUUUAUUAAUCCAAAUACUUAUACACAAGUGACAAGCAUUUAUGAAGCUGUUUCUAAUCAAUAUUUACAGACAUGUGCAAAGGAUUCUUUAGGGAAGGGGUUCCUCCGUUUCGCUGACGGUAACCGUGAUAUUCCUUUUUGCAAUUCGGUGUGGGAACAAACUCAAGCUGUAUCACAAUCAAGAAAAUAUAUUUCACAUAUAGAUGGUAUAAGAACAGCUGUAGAAACUAUGGUGGCAGACGCCGAAGAGCCUGCUAAAGCCGCUGCUGAGGCUGCUAGAGAAAGUGCUAUUAAUGCAAUAAAAGCUCGAGAGACCGGUCUGAUAAAUACUGUAUUUAUGAGUAAGCAAACUGCUAUUAUUGCUUCUGUUGUUGCAAUAUUAAUUAUAGUUUUGGUUAUGAUAAUAAUUUAUUUAGUUUUACGUUAUCGACGAAAAAAAAAAAUGAAUAAAAAAGCCCAAUACACAAAAUUAUUAAAUCAAUAA